AUGCCUCGGCUAUAUAGUACUCUUUGCAUACAAAUUGUGUUCAAGAUGGAUACCCUCGAUGACUCCGAGAACACGGCAAAGAUAUCCGAUUCAGCUUACUCAAAUAGCUGCAGUAACAGCCAAUCUAGAAGAAGCCACAGUACAAAGUCAACGAAAUCGGGCAGUAACUCCAGUGGAAGCAGUGGAUAUAGUGGCAAACCAUCCACAUCAAGUAGCAGCAACAACUUGGGCAAGGAGAAAGAGGCGAAGAAAAAGAAGCAACCGCAAGUAGAGACAGUAGUUCUUGAUGUAACAGUAGAAACAGAAAUGAGGCCUACUGAGCUCGCAUCCGACUUCGAUGCAUCCAAAGAAGAAAUAUCUGGAAACAUAGUUGAUCCCGCUUCAUCGCCGGCGCAUCCGCAGUCUGACAAGCGUGUCGAAAGCAUGGACAUAUGCAUGUCGGAAAGGAGCAGCAUAAAAGGACGAGGUAAUCCUUAA